CGGUAGUUAUACAAUCACAUAUGUUUGAUAUAAACUUAUGGAAGUAAUUUUGUUUUAAUCGAUGAAAUCAUCAGACUGUUGUAGAUAUAAAUUUAAACAAAAUUUUUUAAUUGAAAAAUAAACAUCUUUAAGUUAAAAAAACACAUUCUAUUAGAGAGCGCCACGUGUAAAUAGUUGAAAACACGUCAGCAUCGUGUCUGGAACUGCAUAAAUAACGAUAUAAUUUAAAUAUAACUUGAUAACGGAUUAUUUUUAUUUUUUUUUUUUUUUGUAAUUAUAGAAAAUUCUGCAAUAAUCAGGAUGUAUAUAAAUGAUAAAGUAUUUGUUAAAAAUCUGUGGAAAUUAUCUUAACCCUACUUUGCAUUUUGAAGGAGGAAUUAAACUUGUAAUGUAAAACAUGAUGUCCAAUGGUAUUCAAACUCCUACAAAGGAAUCUGAAGAUGGUUCUACAUUAAACAAUAUAGGCUGCCUUUCAUCACCAUCAUUAACAUUAAACUCACCAUUAAUGAAGUUAUCUUCAUAUUUUUUGGCUGUUAGGCCCUGGUCUCUCAGUGCUUCGUUAAUGCCAACACUUCUUGGAUCUGCACUUGCAUAUCGGUUAAUAGGUGUAGCAAAUUUUAGUUGGAUAUCAUUAAUUUUAACAUUAUAUACAGUCAUUUCUGUACAUGGAGCUGGCAAUGUGGUAAAUACUUAUUUUGAUUAUAUAAAGGGUGUGGAUAGUCGAAAAAGUGAUGAUAGAAUAUUAGUAGAUCAGCUUCUGUCGAAAGAUGAAUUGGUUUCAUUGGGAGCACUAUUAUAUGCAGCUGGAUGUAUAGGUUUUGUUUUGUUAACUACAAUAUCUCCUGCAAAAAUGGAACAUCUUGCUUUAGUAUAUUUUGGAGGUUUAUCCUCAUCAUUUCUUUAUACAGGAGGAAUAGGUUUAAAAUAUAUUGCACUAGGUGAUGUACUUAUUUUAGUAAUAUUCGGUCCUAUUUCAGUUUUAUUUGCGUUCAUGGCUCAAACUGGUUAUGUUGAAUUAGGUACUAUAUAUUACGCAAUACCGCUUGCGUUGAAUACCGAAGCUAUUUUACAUAGUAAUAAUACACGUGAUUUAGAAAGUGACAAACGAGCAGGAAUUGUGACAUUAGCUAUAUUAAUAGGAUAUACAGCUUCACAUGUUUUGUAUUCAUUUUUAUUAUUUACUCCGUAUAUAACUCUUGUAGUACUUGCACUAAGAUAUUCUGUAUGGUUCCUAUUGCCAAUAAUUACUUUACCAACUGCAUUCAGAAUAGAGAAACAAUUUCGAAGUCCCCAUAUGAUUCAAAAUGUGCCUAAGCAAACAGCCCGGUUAAAUAUGUUUCUUGGAAUUUUAUAUGUUCUUGCUUGCUUGCUUGUAAACCCUCUUCCGUAUGUAUAAUAUAUUAUUAUACAUAAAUGAUAUAGUAACAUUUUCUGCGGAAUUUGAAAUCUUAAAUUAAAAUGAACAAACAUGUACAUAAACUGACAACUUGUAUAUGCUACGUAUUAGUAUUUGUCAGUCAGUGCUUUUUUCAUUUUCUUUUAUGAUUUUAUAAUGAUUUAUCAUUAUAUCAUAUUUAAUAUCACAUUUAGAAAAAAUGAGAAUAGACAUUAAACAAUAAAUUAU